AUGGGCACGAACUACGAGCUCCCAUUCAAGCUAGCUGAUCCUACCCUUCUGCACUUCGAUUCCUUUGUCGGGGACAAAUGGGUUGAAUCAAAGAGCGGCAAGCGCUUUGAGGUCCUCGACCCCGGUACCGAUAAAGCAUGGGCUAGCUGCCCAGCAAGCACAACAGACGAUGUCCCAGCAGCCGUGGAAGCAGCCCACACUGCAUUCGAGUCCUUCCGCAAAGUGAAUCCCCGACAGCGGGCAAAGUGGUUACUGAAAUGGCACGACUUGACCACCCAGGCAAGAGAUGAUCUUGCCCAGAUCGUCACCCACGAGACCGGCAAACCACUAGCAGAAGCGUACGGCGAACUCGACUACUCACUAGGCUUCCUAUGGUGGUUCGCCGGCGAGGCAGAGCGCGUCCACGGCACCGUAUCAAUGGCCUCUGCACCGAAUCGCCGGAUUUUCACCGUGAAACAGCCCAUCGGCGUGGCGGCCGCGCUCGUGCCGUGGAAUUUCCCGGUCGCAAUGGUUCUACGGAAGGUUGGUGCCGCCCUGGCGGCUGGUUGCACAAUGGUAGUGAAGCCGAGUCCCGAGACGCCCAUUUCGGCGUUGGUUCUGGCCGAGUUGGCGCUGCGGGCGGGAAUCCCCGCAGGUGUGUUUAAUGUGUUGACAACUGACCUGGAGAAUACGCCGUCGCUGAGCGAGGCGCUGUGCAAGCACCCGCUCGUAAAGAAGGUGACCUUCACGGGAUCGACACGGGUCGGAAAGCUCGUGGCGUCGCACUGCGCCCACGGCUUAAAGAAAGUCACGCUCGAGCUGGGCGGAAACUGUCCCUUCAUCGUCUUUGACGAUGCAAAUCUCGACCAGGCGCUGGAGCAGCUUAUGACUCUCAAGUGGCGCCAUGCGGGCCAGGCGUGCAUCACCGCGAACCGAAUCUAUGUCCAAGCGGGUGUUUAUGACCGAUUUGCUGCGCUUUUGACCGAACGGACUGCGGCCUUGGUUGUCGGGCACGGAUCUGCCAAGGACACGACGAUGGGUCCCCUGACCACGCCGCGUAGCAUUGACAAGGCCAUCGCGCAGGUCGAGGAUGCGCGUAACCUUGGAGCGAAAAUUCUGCUGGGCGGGAAAGCGCAAACUUCGCAGCCGGGGUAUUUCUUCGAGCCGACCAUUCUCUCCGGGAUGACGAAGGAUAUGCAGAUUUCGCACGAGGAGUCAUUUGCGCCCAUUGCGGCGCUGUAUCGCUUUGAAACGGAAGAUGAGGCGGUGACGAUGGCCAAUGCGACGAGUAUGGGAUUGGCGAGUUAUGCGUUUACGAAGAACAUCGAUCGCAUGUGGCGGUUGUUGGAGAAUCUUGAGGCGGGCAUGAUUGGAAUGAAUACCGGUAACCAAUCGGCGGCGGAAUCGCCGUUUGGCGGUAUGAAGGAGUCGGGCUAUGGUAAGGAGAGUGGAAAGGAUGUUGCGGUGCAGGAGUACCUGAUCACGAAAACGGGUACCUUGACGAUUGAGGGGCAGUACUGA